CCCGCCGCACUCGGCCUGGGCUCGGCGGAGCGGCGGGAGCUGCGGCUGCGGCGGCCCCGGACCCCGGGCGAGCGGCGCCCGCGCCCGCCUGGAGCGGCCCCGCCGCGCCCGCAGCACCGGCCCCGGAGUCACUGACCAUCGGCCCCGGGGGCACCGGCCGGACCCGAAGAUGAAAUCCUCUGACAUUGACCAAGAAUUGUUCACUGAAAGUUACUGCAAGGUGUGCAGUGCUCAGCUGAUCUCCGAGUCCCAGCGCGUGGCCCAUUACGAGAGUCGGAAGCAUGCCAGCAAAGUCCGCCUGUACUACAUGCUUCACCCCAUCGAUGGAGGCUGCCCGGCAAAAAAGCUCCGGUCAGAAAAUGGCAGUGAUGGUGACUCAGUGGAUAAGAACAAAUGCUGCACACUAUGUAACAUGUCCUUUACCUCAGCGGUGGUGGCGGAAUCACAUUACCAAGGGAAAAUCCAUGCCAAAAGGUUAAAACUGUUGCUAGGGGAACAACCAGCAUUAAAGGCCACAGAAGCUGCUCUGGGCUCCCUGAAGGCGCCGCUCCCCGACGGUCCCGCGGCGGUGCCGCCGCCGCCGCAGCGCCGGGACUCGGACCGGUACUGCCAGCUCUGCGCGGCCUGGUUCAACAACCCCCUGAUGGCACAGCAGCACUACGACGGCAAAAAGCACAAGAAGAACGCGGCCAGGGCCGACCUCCUGGAGCAGCUGGGGAAGACCCUGGACCUGGGAGAGCUGCGAGGCCUGAAGCGCAGCUACACCUGCAACAUCUGCAACGUCACCCUGAACUCCAUAGAGCAGUACCACGCACACCUGAAGGGCUCCAAACACCAGACCAACCUGAAGAACCAAUAGUAGCUCGUCAGUGGAGAAGAGGACAAGCACUAACGCUGCUUCUGUGGAGGGGAGCGGGUCAGCAGAAGAGGAGGCUUUCUUGGACAGUAAUCCCAUGUGGAUUCAAUAAUUAACAUGUAACUAACCUUCGCUUUGGACAAAUACAUGGAUUUUUUUUUUUUUUAAUUUUGUGGUGAGUUAAAAUAUUUCGAUGGAUUUUUUUACCCUUUCAAGACAAUAUUUAUUCAGCACAGAGUCUAGAGUAUGAUAACUAUCCUGUAAAUACAGCACUUACUCAUCAGUCAUCUUCAGGGACAGUGGAAACAAACUAUUUUACUUUUUCAUAUUUAUUCCUAGAUUUCUCCCAAGAGUAUAAGAUUAUUCUACUACAUGAUCCAUGAUAGUGAUGUAAUCAGUCUUCAAUCAGAAAUAAACACACUCUCUUCACCUUCUCCAGCAUGGUUUGUGUCAACACAUACAGAGCACCAGCAGUGAAUCGUGGGGAUUGUGUAAUGGAUGAAUUUCUUCCUUCCCUCUUUGUCUCUAGAGAAACAAAUGGUUCCAUGAGUAAAGAACACUGAAAAAAAAGUGUGAAUUCCUUUUCCUGCUGGUAGGAUUCCUGCAGGCUCAAGAGAAGCUGUUUGCUUCAUUGAUUUUGCUGCAAGCCCUUGUCCGGGUACUGCUGUGCCCUCCGGCCGUCCCGGGAGCCACAGGAGGCACCAGAGCCUGGCACGGGCUGAGCUGGCCAGGCCAUCCCACCCCAGGUAAGGCUGGUACUGUGCCCCUGCAGGGAGGCAGUGGAGACACAGGUACCCUGCACUGCUGCAGCUCUGCUCCAGCCAGCAGCAGCUCAUUCCCUCUGCCUGCUUUGGGAAUGUGAGCAGAGAGAAGCAGCCGAGUCGGAGGAGAGACCUUCACUGUUCU